GUGAGUGUGAGUGUGAGUGUGUUAGUCACUGCCCCAUUGUGAACCAUGAGUGUGUGGGUGGGCGGGCGUGUGCGCUGGUGACGGGGUCGAAGAGUCUGUCACGGCUACAACGGGUCUCGGGAUGAACGCAGUGGGUUUCCCCAGCGAUGUUCCUGGGCGAUUGGCACCCACAGGUAUCUCAACCUGGUCAUCUCAGACUUGGGAUGUCCUCACAGUAGCUGUGAUCAUGGUCAGCGUGACGACCUGGGUUAUAGCUCGCAAACGAGGGUGUGAGGGGCCAGGGUGUGAGGGGAGGGGCAGCCUGGCACUGGAGCUUCUGCUACAGGUGAUGAUACUGGCACCAACAAUGCUGUUCUGCUACUGGGGAUCAUCCUGCCCAGAGCCGCUGCGGGCAGUGGGUACAGACAGACCCACCGUGUCCGUGCCGGGAGACAGCGUGGUGCUGCCGUGCCGGGCGGUGACCCACACACAGGCCGGGAGCCUGGGGCUGGAGUGGAGGAACCUGCGGACAGGAGACGUGAUCCUGGCGUGUGGAGAGGACGGGGGAGAGUGCCGGGGCUACAGGGAGGGGGCCUGGCUGCUGGACAGUGGGCGAGAGGCCAGAGACCUGUCCUUGCACCUGGACACAGUCAGAGUGACCGAUGCGGGCAGGUACAAGUGCACCAUCUUCACCGGCAGGCACUCCAGCACCGCACUGAUGGAGCUCAGCGUGGCCGCUCUUGGGACGAAGCCCAUCAUCGCAGUCGAGUGUGUCGGUGACUCCACCCUCCUCUACAGCUGUCGAUCGGGUGGGUGGUUCCCCGAGCCUGCCCUGGUGUGGAAGAGCAGUGACGGGACCAGCCUGUUGCCGCGGUCGAACGUGAGCAGGACCAGGGGCGAGGCUGGUCUGUACGGGCUGGAGAUCCAGUACUGGGCCCACCACGACGUGCCGCACUCUGUCAUCUGCAUCGCCCGCAACACGGUGACAAACGUCAAGAUGGUGUCAGCUGCACGCACCUCAGGUGAACAACAGUGAAAGGCUACAUGUGGAUAGAGUGGAUCAGUGAUAGACACAAAAAGCUGGAGUAACUCAGCUAUUUGGUUGCCUAAUUAUAGGAAGGAUGGCAACAAAAUAGAGAGAGUACAGAGGAGAUUUACUAGAAUGUUGCCUGGGUUUCAGCAACUAAGUUACAGAGAUAGGUUGAACAAGUUAGGGCUUUAUUCUCUGGAGCGCAGAAGGUUAAGGGGGGACUUGAUAGAGGUCUUUAAAAUGAUGAGAGGGAUAGACAGAGUUGAUGUGGACAAGCUUUUCCCUUUGAGAAUAGGGAAGAUUCAAACAAGGGGACAUGACUUCAGAAUUAAGGGACUGAAGUUUAGGGGUAACAUGAGGGGGAACUUCUUUACUUAUACAAACUUACAAAAUUCUUAAGGGGUUGGACAGGCUAGAUGCAGGAAGAUUGUUAGGGAAGUCCAGGACAAGGGGUCACAGCUUAAGGAUAAGGGGGAAAUCCUUUAAAACCGAGAUGAGAAGAACUUUUUUCACACAGAGAGUGGUGAAUCUCUGGAACUCUCUGCCGCAGAGGGUAGUCGAGGCCACAGUUCAUUGGCUAUAUUUAAGAGGGAGUUAGAUGUGGCCCUUGUGGCUAAGGGGAUCAGAGGGUAUGGAGAGAAGGCAGGUACGGGAUACUGAGCUGGAUGAUCAGCCAUGAUCAUAUUGAAUGGCGAUGCAGGCUCGAAGGGCCGAAUGGCCUACUCCUGCACCUAAUUUCUAUGUUUCGUUGAUAUGAUGAUAGAUAGAACUUUAUUUAUACCAGGAGGGAAAUCCAUCUGCCAAUAGUCAUAAAAACACAGAAUACACAACACAUGAAAUUAAAGUGAUGAGUGGAAAGGCUUGGGAAAAGUGCAACGAUUGGGGUGGGGGGAGUCAGUCUCACUCUACGCCACGACAGAAUGGGGAGGUGGUGUACAGUUUGAUCGCCACAGGAAGAAGGAUCUCCUGUGGUGUCCAAUCCUGCAUCUUGUUGGAACUUGUCUGUUGCUGAAGGUAGACACAAAAUGCUGGAGUAACUCGGCAGGACAGGCAGCAUCCCUGGAGAGAAGCAAUGGGUGAUGUUUUGGUUUGAGACCCUUCUUCACAAUUGCUGAAGGUGCUUCUCAGGAGGGUGUGAGCUGUAUUGUACAGGACACUCCGCUGUUUGAAGAGCAUCAUAUAACCAUAUAACAAUUACAGCACGGAAACUGGCCAUCUCGGCCCUACAAGUCCGUGCCCGAACAACUUUUUUCCCCUUAGUCCCACCUGCCUGCACUCGCACCAUAACCCUCCAUUCCCUUCUCAUCCAUAUGCCUAUCCAAUUUAUUUUUAAAUGAUACCAACGAACCUGCCUCCACCACUUCCACUGGAAGCUCAUUCCACACCGCUACCACUCUCUGAGUAAAGAAGUUCCCCCUCAUAUUACCCCUAAACUUCUGUCCCUUAAUUCUCAAGUCAUGUCCUCUUGUUUGAAUCUUCCCUAUUCUCAAAGGGAAAAGCUUGUCCACAUCAACUCUGUCUAUCCCUCUCAUCAUUUUAAAGACCUCUAUCAAGUCCCCCCUUAACCUUCUGCGCUCCAGAGAAUAAAGACCUAACUUAUUCAACCUAUCUCUGUAACUUAGUUGUUGAAAUCCAGGCAACAUUCUAGUAAAUCUCCUCUGUAUUCUCUCUAUUUUGUUGACAUCCUUCCUAUAAUUGGGCGACCAAAAUUGUACACCAUACUCCAGAUUUGGUCUCACCAAUGCCUUGUAUAAUUUUAACAUUACAUCCCAGCUUCUAUACUCAAUGCUCUGAUUUAUAAAGGCUAGCAUACCAAAAGCUUUCUUUACCACCCUAUCUAUAUGAGAUUCCACCUUCAAGGAGCUAUGCACGGUUAUACCCAGAUCCCUCUGUUCAACUGUAUUCUUCAAUUCCCUACCAUUUACCAUGUACGUCCUAUUUUGAUUUGUCCUGCCAAGGUGUAGCACCUCACAUUUAUCAGCAUUAAACGCCAUCUGCCAUCUUUCAGCCCAUUUUUCCAAAUGGCCCUACAGUUCUCGUCUCUUUGGGGAAAUGCAAUUGAACAAACCUUAAACAAAACACAAAGUGCUGGAGGAACCAUACUCCAGAUUUGGCCUCACCGAUGCCUUGUACAAUUUUAACAUUACAUCCCAGCUUCU